ACCAAAUAAUCUUAGAUAAAAAAGAAACAUACAAGUGCUUAACCAAUUAUAAUGAUUAUUUUAACAAACAAGUUACAUAUAAACAUGAGAAAUGAUUAUUUUAACAAACGUUACAUAUAAACAUGAGAAAAAUCUGAAAUGUUUAUUAAACUGUUGUCCUAAAUAUCUUAAAAAGUAAGAACUGUGCCGCAACUAGCAAGUAACCUCUAAUUAAUCAAAUCACCCUUACAAUAUUAAAUGGCCGCGUCACAUUUGACUUUCAAAAACAAAACCGCGUUAAUUUAAACGUUUUAUCUAACACACACGUUAUCUCUACAGUGUAUAUAAACCACCCCUCUUCCUCCUCCACCUAAAUAACAUUAAUAAUUCCAUUUUUUACUUUCUCUUACCUUUUUCAAAUCAUUACACAAGCUAACAAAGAAACUUUCUCCAUGGGAGACAGGCACCACCAAGACUUAAACGGCGCCUACUACGGCCCAUCGAUCCCACCUCCACGGAAAGUCUCUCACAGCCACGGCAGAGGCGGCGGCGGCUGCUGCUGCGGCUGCAUAGGCGACUGCCUCGGCUGCUGCGGCUGCUGCAUCUUGAGCGUCAUCUUCAACAUCCUCAUAACCAUAGCCAUCCUCUUAGCCAUAGCCGCUCUGAUCAUCUGGCUAAUCUUCCGACCAAACGCAAUCAAGUUCCACGUCGCCGACGCCAAGCUCACGCAGUUCACUCUCGGCCCGGACAACAACCUCCGCUACAACCUCGACCUCAACUUCACGAUCCGGAACCCUAACCGCCGCAUCGGCGUCUACUACGACCAGAUCGAGGUCAGAGGAUACUACGGAGAUGAAAGAUUCGGUAGCAGCAACGUGGCGCCGUUCUACCAGGGGCACAAGAACACGACGGAGGUGGGGAGUAAGCUCGAGGGACAGGGCUUGGUGGUGCUUAACGGCGGAGAUCGGAAGGAUCUGGACGAGGAUUUGAAGUCGGGGAUAUACAGGAUCGACGCGAAGCUGAGGCUUAGGGUGAGGUUUAAGUUUGGGCUGAUCAAGUCGUGGAGGUUUAAGCCUAAGGUUAGGUGUGAUCUCAAGGUUCCUCUCGGUUCCUCUAAUAUAACCAGCGGGUUUCAGUUUCAGCGGACCAAGUGUGACAUUGACUUUUGAUGCUAGUCAAAGUCAAAUGCUAUUGUGUUCGGAUUCUAUUUUUCAUUUAUAUGCACUUGUUUAUCUUAUCUUUAGAUUGUUUUUCGUACAUGGACUUUAUGUGAUAUUGUCGGAGAGGUAUAUGUUUUGUGUAAUAAUCUUUUAGCGUAUGGUUCCAUGUAAAUAAAAUAGUUUUUCUUGCA